AUGGAAACCCGUGCAAGCAAACGUGGACAGACCAGCGAACCCGAGGAAAUUCAUGUCGAAGAGGAAACCCAAGUUGAAAGCGAAGGCCAGCGCCAUCUUGAAAAUAUUAACAACGAGCGUUUUCUUAGUGAUGGUACAGAUAGUGAUAGCAGUGAUGAUACUGUAAAGAGUUAUAAUAGACAAGCCACGACUCCUGUAUCAAAUACAUGUAACACCAAUGCGUCGGCUCUGCAUGAUCUCGAGAGAAGAAUGAACCAACUCGAAUCAGAAUUAAAAGAAAGAAUUAUCGGUAUGCGAACGGAAUUCAAAACGAUGCAAGAGACCGAGCUAUCAAUUAAAGGGCAAGCAGAAUAUAUAACAUUUCUAAAAUCCCAGAAUGAACGUUUGGUGAUGGAAAAUAGAGAGCUACAAGAGAAGUCGUUCAAUCUAUCAUAUAUCGUUUCAGAUCUAAAUACCAAGUUAAAAGAGGCAGAAAAUGACAAGCUCAGUCUUGUAACUGCCAUAAAAAUUCUACAGACAGAAAUACCUGAGAAUGCGGCCAACAAUCACACUAAAGCUGGUAAUACAAAAGCAACCGGUCAAAAGGAAACGUUUGACGGCGAUAUUCGUCUAGUUUAUGCUAGUAAGCCAAUGCCUGCCGUGGAGACAAGAAAUCGGUAUAGCGUUUUAAGCGAUGUAGUGGCAAAACCUUCAGAGAGUGAUGCAUCUUCAAGUGAAUUUAUUGAGCCUGAGAAGUCAAAGACAGCAAGUGGAAUGUCUGGUCAACGUGUAAACGGGAAAAACAGGAAGUCUAGAACGACGGUCAUAAUAAGUGACUCAAUGACAAAGCACAUUGAUGUUCAGCGACUGGAAAGAUCUGUCCGAGGCUCUAAAGUUCGAUUGGAAACCUGCAGUGGUGCAAAUGUAGAAGCAAUCAGUCACCAUGUACAACCAUGCUUAAAGAAAAAACCUGAUGAUCUAAUCAUUCAUGUUGGAACAAAUGAUCUGAAGGCUAAAUCAUCAAGUGAUGUCGCAAACGAGAUAAUAAAUUUAUGUACAGCUAUUUCGGAAACGCAUCCAUCAACAAGAAUUAACAUAUCAGAAAUAAUAACAAGGACAGAUCAAAUUGACCUGGUACCAAAGAUCAGAGAG